GGGCGGCGGGGGCGGGGCGCGGGGAGCCAGCCGGGAUGCCGCCGCCGCGGCGGGACCGGUCCGGGUCCGGGUGGCGCUCCACGAGUGCGGAUAGCAGGGCGGCCCGGGGCGCGGCGGCUGCAGAGAGAGCUCACUGAGUGCCCUCCCGCCAUGUCCAGGAAGAAGACCCCCAAAGGCAAGGGGGCCAGCGCUCCCGCUGCCUCCGCGCUGCCCGCAGCCAAUGGGCCCCGGCCGGCUCUCCCCGGGACUGCGCGCUCCGGCCCCGGAACGCCGCACAACGCGCCCCCGCAGCCCGGCCGGCCCUCGGUUGGCAGCGGCGGCGACUUCUACGACGUCGCCUUCAAGCUGUCAGACCCAGGUUCAGGAUGCCCAGCGUCUGGCAAGGCCUGCCCCCCGGCCCCUGCCCCCAGCUGGCAGGACCGACAAGGGGUCCCGCGUCAUGCUGGUGGGGGACUCAGGAGUGGGGAAGACCUGCCUGCUUGUGCGCUUCAAGGAUGGGGCUUUCCUGGCAGGGACCUUCAUCUCCACCGUGGGCAUCGACUUCAGGAACAAAGUUCUGGACGUGGAUGGCAUGAAGGUGAAGAUGCAGAUCUGGGACACAGCUGGCCAGGAGCGUUUCCGCAGUGUCACUCACGCCUACUACCGUGACGCACAUGCACUGCUGCUGCUAUAUGAUGUCACCAACAAGGCCUCCUUCGACAACAUCCAGGCCUGGCUGGCUGAGAUCCAGGAGUACGCCCAGCACGACGUGGUGCUCAUGCUGCUCGGCAACAAGGUGGACUCUGCUCAGGAGCGUGUGGUCAAGAGGGAAGAUGGGGAGAAGCUAGCCAAGGAGUAUGGGCUGCCCUUCAUGGAGACAAGCGCCAAAACAGGGCUCAAUGUGGACCUGGCCUUCACAGCCAUAGCAAAGGAGUUGCAGCAGCGCUCCAUGAAGGCCCCCAGUGGGGCUUGCUUCCAGCUGCAUGACUAUGUCAAGAGGGAGCGCCGAGGGGCCUCGUGCUGCAGACCCUGAACCUGCCAGGCUUGACUGUCCGCAGGUCCCUGACUUUUGCCACCCAGUAGCCAAUCACAGGGUGUGUUUCCAGGGCUCUCAGGCUGAGCCUGCCCUUACUUUGUCCUGGAAGACACUCUAAGAACCUGUCUCAACAAACAGGCUUCAGGCAGCCAGCAGGUCUGCGGCUCCCCUUUCACCUGCUGCUGCCUGAGGGCCUGGCCCCCAGGGCCUUCAGAGAAGUAGAUCUUCUGUAGACUUUGUCAGGCACACCCGGCUUCAAGGCUGGGCCCUUGUGCUGGCACCACACAUACAGUGCCUAACCCCCCCCCAGAAAGCCAUGUCUUCAGCUGCCCUGCAUGGCACAGGGGCCUUCACUGGCAGUCACUGCCAGCUUUUGUGCCCCAAGGACCAGGGCUGCCUGCUCCCAGCCCACACUAAGGGGCUCUGGUUUAAACAGCAGAGUCUACAUAACACAGUACCUUGGAGGAUGCCAACGCCAUUGCUUUGAAUAAAUCACAGAAUUUGCCAGGGAAACUAGGAUUGCUGGCCCACAACUGACUGAGGCUUGUGCUUGUCAAGGUCAGGCCUGGGGUUGGUAGUGUGCUCCACCUUGUACUAAAAUCAAGUCAGCUUUUAGUUCAAAACCUUUGUUUCAUUCUUAGUGAAUAAAGUUGUGCUUUCUGGAGUGCUUGUCUCUUCCGUUGAGAGAAACUACUCUUUUGGGC